AUCGUCCCUCUGCCUUCCACAUGUCUUGCUGUGACCAGCAUCUCAGCAGAGCCAACGUCUACGGCCAGUAGCUGGAGAACUGCACCGGCCCAUGUGAGCAUGCCAUCUCGCGACACCAAUGGCAGCGUUGUGUCGGACGAGAUGUACGCCCAAAUUCAACGCAGGCUCUUGGAGAGCGGUGAAUGGGACAGGAUCUAUCGUAUGCUUGAGCUGAAGCUCAAUGAGUCAGGGUGGAUGGAUGAGCUACAUGAUCACGCCAAGGAACUCGCGAGGCAGAUGUACCCCAUAUCUGUCCGGAAGAUGACCGAUAGUGUUAGUUCGAAGGCAUCCUCCGAGGUACCCGAGAAUGUCAAGGCAGAGGUCACGGCAAAGAUUCGACAGUAUCUUGAUUCGCAGUUAGAGAAGUAACGGCCGCAGACUUCUCAUAUGACGUAUGCUUUACGAUCCCGCUCUGGCCAUAAUUAAGAUAAUUGCACAACACAACGAGGCGUCGGGAAGUCUCAUAGAACGCAUCUGCUGCACCUCUGGCUCAGCCUCAACAAAGUUUCCACUCAUCA